GUAAAUGUCAGGUGGUGAGGAAGCGUGUGCUAUUGGUUGGUCUGAGCACGUGGACAACUUCCCGUCUCAGUCCAAAAUAUUCACAGCGCGUGUGGUCAUGGCAGAGAAAGUGGAUCUUAUCGCUAAGUGCAUUAGAACGUUCCCUGAUUUCCCUACAAAGGGGAUUCCAUUCAAGGAUAUUUGUCCGAUCCUGAAGGAUCCGAAGGCGCUGGCUGCAGUGACAGAUCUGUUUGAGGAGCACGUGAGGCGCACGUAUCCUCAGGUGGAUCUUAUAGUCGGAACCCUGUAUGCGGCGUGUGAGCUGAUCAAACAGCAGAAGGCGGAGGUGCUGGGCUGUUUGGUGGUGGUUGAACUGAAGUAUCUCAGUGGAUCAGAGAAGCUGCAAUCAACUCCUGUGUUCUCUCUAAUACAGUACUGACAGUGGUACUGCUUAUGUGGCGGAGUCUGUUUUAUCUUAGCCAUCUGAAAUGAAGUAAUUAUUCACAUCGUGGUUUACAGUUCAGGAAUAUGAAGAACUUCCAGUCAUGUUUUGAUAGUCUUAAUUCAUCUUUGACAAAUAACCAGAAACUGAAAAAGAGAUAGUAAGCGGUUUCUUAUGCAGCCUAUGUAGGGGCAAUCAGUAAUCAUGUUUUAUAUAGUGUGAGUGUAAUUUCACCAUACUACACUCACCAUGUUGUCUUUAUCGUCAUCUUCAGUAAUGCCGUUUUAUAAACACUCUCCCUUGGCUUCAUGGGAUAGCAAAAUGUUUGUUGUAUGCACACUUCUGGGUGCUUUUCAUUAAUUGUCUUAUGAAUACUCCAGACAUGCCACUCUUCUUGCAUACUGUUUUUCACCUAUUAUACAAAAGCAAAUGUAUGUGAUUUCAGACAGAGCUUGUGUACAAACUCUUAAGCUUCCAGUUUGCGAAUAUGAAACGCUGUUGCUUGCAUGAACUUGUUUAUUGUAAAUGAAUCGAUGCACAUUAACUAGAUGAACCUUAAGGUUUAAGUUACCAAAGAAGCCAAACUUAGAACUACAUUGAACUGCCUUUAUACAAAAUACCUUUUACAUGUCUACAUAAUGAACAAUUAUUGUGCUAAGAUGCAAAGAGCAAAAAUCACAACAGAAACACAGCAGUUUAAAACACCGUGACCGCCAGACUGCAAAACUGACUGAACAAAUUAAAAAGUAAUCAUGUCAUCUCAAUGUUAAAAUCCAGGCAUAAUCCAUAAUAAAAUAUUGCACAUGGUAUUCUCUCAACGGUCUCGUUUCAAUUUCUUCAAAUACGCUCUUCUUCCUUCAUCUUUUGGUUCAGUUUGUCCAGCACAGUGUUCAGAUCCACGGUCUUAUUCAGCUUCAGGUACACAUCCUUUCUGACUGGAUGUAUGGUUAGCCAUGCAGGUGUCAACUCAGCCAACAGGCGAAGAUGUUUCUCCAUUUCAUCUAAAUUAGAA